CUGAACAUGAAUAGCUUCCAACCUCUAUCUAUCCGCUAUUCACUCCUGUCCGUCUGCCUGUCUGAAAACCAUUUUGGGAGGAAGAAAAAGGAUGUCUGCCUUUCGUCUGCCUUCACCUGUCCUCUUCCCUCGCUCCAAUUCCAAUUCCUGUUUUUUGAGUCCUUUAAGAAGAAGAAUAUCUCAAGUAAUUCUUAUUAAGGCCGCUUCUUCUGUUAACGAUAAAGUUGACAACGUCGAUUCAUCUACCUCAAGUACAAGGUUGAUCACUUUCUUAGGAAAAGGUGGCUCCGGCAAGACCACCUCGGCUGUUUUUGCUGCCCAGCAUUAUGCAAUGGCUGGACUGAGUACGUGCUUAGUGUUACACGGCCAGGAUCGCACCGCUGAGUAUCUUCUCAAUUGUAAGAUUGAGUCCUCUCCCAUUGUAUACCGUGACAACCUUUCAGUUGUUAGGCUGGAAACGACUGAAAUGCUUCUUGAACCCCUCAAUGAGUUGAAGCAAGCAGAUGCUCGUCUUAAUUUGACACAAGGAGUUCUCGAAGGGGUUGUGGGAGAAGAGCUUGGGGUGCUUCCUGGGAUGGAUUCUAUUUUUUCAGCACUUACACUUGUGAGGCUUCUGGGAUUAUUUGGGAGAUGGGCUCGAAGGAACCAUCAAAAAGAUAAAUUUGAUGUGAUAAUAUAUGAUGGAAUCAGCACUGAGGAAACCCUACGAAUGAUAGGUGCAAGCAGUAAAGCAAGACUGUACUUGAAAUACUUGCGGAGUGUUGCUGAGAAGACGGAUCUUGGGAGAUUGGCUGGUCCUUCACUCCUGAGACUUGUAGAUGAAGCCAUGGGCAUAAGUGGGAAGCCAUCCCAGCUCAAUGGGACUAUGAGUGCAGAAAUAUGGGACAGUCUGGAACGAAUUCUUGAGGUAGGAUCUUCUACCUUUUCAGAACCUCAUCAAUUUGGCUGCUUUCUUGUGAUGAACCCAAACAUUCCAACAUCUAUCAGUUCUGCAUUGCGUUAUUGGGGUUGUACAAUUCAAGCUGGAACGCAGGUUUCCGGUGCAUUCGCCAUUGCUUCCCCUGGUUUGGAUGUAGAAUCAAUGGAAAGUGUCAAGAAGAGUUUUUUGCCCUUGCCUUUUGCUUUCAUUCCAAAUCUCUCAAUGGGUUCCCCUCAAGAUUGGAAUGCCAUCAUGCUGAGCAACACCAGUGAACGUGCAAGGGAUCUCCUUUCUUUGCCAGCAGGCCAGAAGUAUAGCAUAGUGUCAUCAAUAAAUUUUGAUGUGGCAAGAAAAUCAGUAACCCUUCUCAUGCCAGGUUUUGACAAGUCAGAGAUCAAGCUAUAUCAAUAUAGAGGAGGAUCUGAGUUGUUGGUGGAAGCAGGGGACCAAAGACGAGUCAUAUUUCUGCCGCCUGAAAUUCAAGGGAAGGUUGGAGGCGCCAAGUUCACAGACAGAAAUCUUGUAAUCACAAUUCGAUAAUGUGGUUCUGAACCAUUGUUUUAAUAAUUUCAUUUCCAUAUUGGAAGUCUUUCUUGAAACAACAGUGAUAAGAUUUUACUGUGGCAAUGGCUAAUAGAUGUGAUAGGUGUCCUUUAAAUCAACAGAAAAGCACUGGACUUCAAAUUUGGCUUGUUAGGAACCUAGAGAACAACAAAAAUAUAAGUGAUGGCAACCAUCCCAAAGGGAAGCAAGCUUUCUGCAUGGGAUUUGGGUGGUUCAAGGGGCUCACAGAAGCCAAUAUGGAUCUAAGUCCGAGAUAGUACAAGAUUUAGAGGACCCGUGAGAUGAACAAAGAGCAGGAAGCAUAUUUAACAAAUUCAACGUGCAACAAGAAUUUUGGGAGAGUAGAAAUUUGAACACAUUGUAACAUAAAACAAUAUUUUUAGAUGCAUUUCUCUUUCCUUUUUC